CAUUUAAAUGAAAACAUUUUUUGUAUUGAUAAAUUAAAAAUUUUUUAGAUCACUAUAUGAUAUUUCAAUGGAUUUUUCCUUUAUGGCUGGAGUUCAAAGCGAUAUUUUACUAAACGCUUAAUGAAUGGGGGUUUCAUUUUGACGUCACCGAAGAUUCUUGAAGCUGGUAAAACGGUAUACUUCACUCUCUCAGUAUUCGAUGGACCGCCUGGUGCAGAAGUCACAAUCGGUUUGCUGCGAAAUGCUACGAAUAUCUUGGCAGAAAGCAAGGUGAAAGUCCUAUCAAAUCAAAACAUGUGGGUGGAAAUGUUUGUGCCGCCGAUAGAUGUUAUACGUGCGAAAGUACAUAUUUUUGGGCAUUUUAAUAAUGGCUAUAGCAUAAAUAGGAUAGGAGAUGUCCGCAUAGUUCCCAGCUUUAAUAUCACUUUGAUUCAGACAGAUAAGCCUUUGUACAGACCUGGACAGACAGUAAGAUUUCGUGUUUUGCGUAUGGACAGUGAUCUCAAGACUUUAGAAAAUGAUGCU